AUGUCUCUAGAGGCACUCAAGGAUGCGCUGCGGAGCUCGCUGGAGGCUUCCGGGGCUCUGGAGGAGGCGCGUGCGGGGAUGAGGGCGCAGGUGUAUGAAGCCCUCGUGGGCGGGGAGGGUGGCGACGGCGGUGCGGGAGGAGCUGGAGCAGUGCCUGUCUCUCAAGCCAAUCUCAUUCUCAAUGAGCUCAUUGCAGAGUAUCUGGCGUACAAUGGUUACCAUCAUACUCUCUCGGUCUUUGCUCCGGAAUCGGCUCUUCCUCAUGAUCGCAUCGCUCCGCAAGUCCUCCGAUCUCAGCUGAGGCUCCCUCUUGCUCAUCCAGAGGCGGCAAACUUGCCCAUUCUCUACCAAGCGCUGGCGGGCAUGCAAGACUCGGUCCGUUCUCGUCCGCCGGUAUCGGCUGCCGAGCCGACUCGCGCGCCUGCUUACGAUAUGACCGACAACGCGUUUGAGCAAGAGUCGGACGACGACGACAAUGACGCCAGCGGCAACCAUGCCGGCUAUGCCCAUGCGCCGGGUGGUCUUGCCUUUGAUAUGUGAUGCGCUCGUAGUUGAAAUGAGGCGCGUGUGGCGCGCUACGGAGUGUACGGCGGCGGCGCCUCGAGGAGUGACGCCGACGAGACGUUCGCAAACGCACCGAUGUCGACGGCGACGCCUGGAACGCCGGCUCCACCAGGAGGUGCAGCAGGUGUGAAGAGCGCGGGCUGGGCUUGCGCCGGCAUGUAGACCUUGGCCGCCCCGCCCCCGCCUGCGGGCGGCGCAGACGGCGGCGGCGCAGACGGCGGCGGCGCA